AUGGAUAUUGACGACGACAUCUUAUCUGAAGAGGAAGGCUUCCAUGAAGAUGCCCUCAACAACGAGGACUAUGACCUACUCUAUGAGCUUCUCCCGACUGUGAAGGAAGCCAUUGCAUCCUACAAUGACAGCAUCGACGAGUUGAGCAUCAAAGAGGCUAUUUAUUACAACUACUUCGAAUUGGAGCCCACGCUUGAGGAUUUGAAGUCUAGAUUCCCCAAAAAGAAAGAUUUGCUAAUCGAUUCAGAAGAGCCAAAGUUGUCGAAGCUCGCAAUGCUUGCCAAGAAGCGUAAGGAAGCUAAAUCUAACGAGAACUCAACUCCUGGGGAACUACCGAACCGUGCCCCAGUGUCACGAACCGGAGGCAUUUCCAAGUUGGCAGCCCUAGCCAAAGCCAGGAAGGCAGAGAAGUCAGCAGCACCAAAUACCACAUCGACUAGCUCCACGCCACCUGACUCAGGUAAGCCGAAGUUGGUGAGGAAGACAAACCUAGCAGGUCUAGCGUUAAAACAGAGAGCACGAGCAAAGCAGGAGGGCAGGGAAUCACCAAGCUCAUCGUCUGAACCGUCAAUACCCCAGCCAAUCGAAGAAAAAGCUACAAAGCAGUCAUUCAAUUUCACCUUAAAGGUAGAUGAAGUUGACCUUUUGCUCACUCCUGAGCAGCUGGUGUCAGUCUUCCUCUUCGGUGACGAUCUUGAAUCCCUGGGACCAUGUACCAAAAAAAGGCGCCAUAACACUGAGCUCUUUUAUGCAUAUACUAACAGCAUUCUUACAGCCAAAGCAAGGUCUAACUUCAAUUCACCCAGUCCUGACGACGUCGUGCUUACAGCCCAAAAACAGGCAUUUGAUACUGACAUGAGCAAACUCUCAAUUGCUGAAAAAGAAAAAAAAGAACAGUCAACUGAAGACAAAAAAAUUCCCACGUCGACCAAACCUUUCAAAUCAAUUGAUUUGGCGAAAGAGCUUGCAAACAACCCAAGCUUCAGCAAACCCAGCAAGUCUUUCGUGAUUAUCGGGCACGUUGAUGCUGGAAAAUCCACUCUCGUUGGCCGUAUCCUCUAUGAUGUGGGUGCCGUUGAGUCAAAGACCAUGAUGAAGCUUGUUAGAGAGGCCGAAAAGUCCAACAAGGGUUCAUUUGCACUCGCUUGGAUCAUGGAUCAAACUCUGGAGGAAAGAUCCCGAGGCGUGACAAUUGACAUCUGUGCUACCAAUUUUGAAACUCCAGAUACGAGAUAUACGGCCAUUGAUGCACCAGGCCACAAGGAUUUUGUGCCUCAGAUGAUCAGUGGAGUUUCUCAAGCUGAUGCCGCAUUGCUUGUAGUUGACAGCACUAACGGCGAGUUUGAGACUGGCUUUAUGAUGAGCGGCCAGACCAAGGAACAUACUCUUCUCGCCAAGAAUCUCGGUAUUGAUCAGAUCACCGUGGCCGUGAACAAGAUGGACAAGGAAAGUUGGGAUGAAAACCGCUUCAAGGAAAUUCAACAUCAGUUACUGGAGUACCUCACAAGUAAAGAGGUUGGUUUCCGUGCUGAGAGUAUAACAUUCAUCCCUCUUUCUGGAUUGACUGGUUACAAUGUUGUCAAGAACGACCACUCUGUUAAAGAGCUUGACUGGUACCAAGGCCCAACCUUGCUCGAGGCACUUUCAAAGAUUGAUAAUUCAGACUCUAAGGGGGUGUCUGUAUCAAGUUUGGAAGGCGACUUCAAUUUGGCAAUUAAUGAUAUUUUUGAUGCCACCAGCUCGGAAUUCAAGGUUAGAGGCAAGAUCAAUCUGGGUCUGAUACAGCCAGGCCAAACUGUGUGCUUCCAGCCAGCGGAAGAAUAUUUGCAAGUGCAAAAUGUAUAUGUUGAUGACAAAGCUGCCGAUGUUGCCAUCGUUGGCCAGACUGCCCUGUUGCGAUUCAAAACGUCGCAAUUCCGGAACAAGACAGUGGAGGAUUUAAGCAUAGGAGAUCUCGUUAUUAGCAUGGACUCACCAUUGAAGGCUGUCAAGCGCUGUACAGCAAGUGUUAACAUGUUCAACAUCACGAAACCGCUUCUAGUGGGAACACCAUUUGUCAUGUUUCGUGGCAAUGCAUCUGUCGCGGCGAGAAUAAGCAAGGUGAAGAAGAUCAACGGUGUCAAGAAAAAGAAGAUGCAUCUCGUCUCUAACCAGAUUGCUGAAGUUGAAAUUGAGAUCAUUGGUGAUCGGUCGUUGCCCUUGGCGAGGUUUGAGGACAAUAAAGCCUUGGGAAGAGUUGUUAUGCGCCGUGAAGGUGCUACAGUCGGUGCCGGAAUUGUUACAGAUUUAUAG